UGUUCACUAGACAUCAGCCUCCUGAAGACCAUUACACAGAGUAGCCUGAGUAAGGCCAAUGCCCUGACGGUGACCAACUGCAACAUAAUGAAGAAGAGAGCGCUGUUCAUCAUCGCUGAAGGGGCCUUCCAGAGCCGUAGUACUGUCUCCGCUACCUCCUACCAGCUAACACAGCCAUACAUAGGUGGUGCUGACUCCGCCUACAUCCAGCGUCUGUCCACCUCUGACAUCAGUAUGGACAUGGACACUUUCAUCAGCCUGGACCCUACUGUUAUACAGACUCUGGGUGUGAGCCAGGUCAAAGGUCUGCUGGGUUCUAACCUGCCAGAGCUGAAGAGCUAUGAGAACCAGAGCGCGGUCCGGACCUGGAUCAGCACCCGUUUCCAGGCCGACCUGGACUAUCUGGGGCUGGGUCUGAAGGGAGGCAAGGCUGACCCCAUCACGGUUGGCGUGGGAACCAUCAUACUUCCUACCAGUGCAGGGGUAACUGGAGGAACUGCUGCUACUACUACUACAGGAAAACCGAGCGGCGGAGCGAUCAACAGACCAACGUUCGGCCUCCACCUUCUCCUCACCACUCUGGCCGUCGCUGUCCUGUACCAUUCUACACUGAUUUAAACACUGAUUUCAGAGAUUUUAUAUUUCAGAGUGAGAGAGUUAACUGACUCCAUAGCAUCAAGUCACAUUCGGCUCAAACAGGAAACAAAAAUGUAUACAUUUAGAGUCAGGCAGUGCCUUAGAUAUUGUAAAUAUCACUGGAUAUACUGGACCUAUCAAAAGACUAUAAAACAAUCUAGCACUUUAGUCACGUCAAUGUUUCUGUUCUGACAAGUUCUGCACACCGUUUUAUUUAAGUGUCACUUUGUAUGUUGUUCUGUCUUGGUGGUUGGAAUGAAGUCUGUUCUGUCUUAGUGGUUGGAAUGAAGUCUGUUCUGUCUUGGUGGUUGGAAUGAAGUCUGUUCUGUCUUAGUGGUUGGAAUGAAGUCUGUUCUGUCUUGGUGGUUGGAAUGAAGUCUGUUCUGUCUUAGUGGUUGGAAUGAAGUCUGUUCUGUCUUGGUGGUUGGAAUGAAGUCUGUUCUGUCUUGGUGGUUGGAAUGAAGUCUGUUCUGUCUUGGUGGUUGGAAUGAAGUCUGUUCUGUCUUGGUUGGAAUGAAGUCUGUUCUGUCUUGGUGGUUGGAAUGAAGUCUGUUCUGUCUUGGUUGGAAUGAAGUCUGUUCUGUCUUGGUGGUUGGAAUGAACUAUUUUCUGUUUUGGUGGUUGGAACGUUGUUUAAAGAAGAAUUUGUAGGGCUCUAUUCAGUCUGUGUAGCUGAAAGAUCAUUUCCUGUUGAGCCAAGGUCUGCAGCAUUUACCAUGAAUGCUGUCUACGCUACGGGAACAUGGCCUUUCAAUGUAAACGAUGCUGGAACGCUGAACUUCCACGAUGUGGAUUGAAUAGAGCCCUUUGUCUUUGCCUUCGGGUGAAAAUAUGAAGGUAUUUCAUUACAUGACAAAGAAGUCUUGUGUUGGCGAUGUCGUCUUUCUGGGACAGCCAUUUGUUUUUCUCAGGGUUAGUGUCUCCAACACGUAUCUACCGAGCCAAAACCCUGUUCAAUGUCAUGACAACCAAUUCUUCUAGUGCAGAAUGAUUGUCAUUAGAAUGUCACUGUGCUUUUGUUCAUGUCAGCUCGAACUGUUGACCGUCUUCUCAAUGCUGCCAUUUGAUGAUACUAAAUAGCAGAUGUUGAAUGUAUGGUUUAAUUAAUAAAAAUGUAUAUUAUUACACAA